CUAUGACAAAUCUGUGACAAAGAAGUGAGGCUUGCAAAUCUCUCUCUGCUCAACAAUGGCGACGAUUAACUUAUCAUCGCCUGCUACAUGCAUAACCUACUCUUUCCCAUCCCUCUCUCGCCGAAAUUCUCCCAAUAUAUGUCUCCACUCUCGCCAGAAAAUCUCUCAAAGUUUUUAUUCUAUCUCUGUCCGUUCGAGAAACCCCGCUAGGCUUUGCUCUCCAAGGUUCAUUGUUUCAGCUGUCAAAAAACUCUCCGAAGCUGAUCUAGUUUCUGUCUCACCUGAUCCCGAUGGAAUCGCCGGGGUUUUCCCAUCAGAAUCAGGUGUUUACGGGGUUUUUGACCGCAACGGAGAUUUACAGUUCGUAGGCAUAUCGAGGAAUAUUGCGGCCAGCGUUUCUAAUCACCUCAAAUCGCUUCCGGAGCUAUGUUCAUCUGUCAAGGUGGGAGUGGUCUCAGAUCCUGACAAAACAGCUCUAACUCAAGCAUGGAGAUCAUGGAUGGAAGAACACAUUGCAGCCACAGGAAAUGUUCCUCCAGGUAACCAAUCAGGAAACAACACAUGGGUCCGUCAACAACCAAAGAAAAAGGCCGAUCUGAAACUUACACCUGGCAAACACGUGAAACUAACAGUCCCAUUAGAACAACUCAUAGAUCGGCUAGUUAAAGAGAACAAAGUGGUAGCCUUCAUUAAAGGAUCAAGAAGUGCCCCUCUUUGUGGAUUCUCUCAAAAAGUUGUUGGGAUUCUAGAAACCGAAGGGAUUGACUAUGAGAGUGUUGAUGUGCUCGAUGAAGAAUGUAACAAUGGGUUGAGGGAGACUCUUAAGAGUUAUAGUAAUUGGCCUACGUUUCCUCAGAUUUUUGUGAAUGGAGAAUUGGUUGGCGGGUGUGAUAUCUUGACAUCAAUGCAUGAUAAGGGUGAGCUUGCCGGUUUGGUUAAAAAGUAGGGUUGAGAAUCUAAGAACUACUUGUAGAACUAUUUUAGAUUGCUCAGAAUUCAAUCUUUCUGCCCAAAGUGAAAGUGUAGUUGUAUAACUUGAAUACCAUUUGUAUUUGUUUUUGGUUUUUAAUCGUAUAUACAAUUUUUAUUA